UGAAAAAGAUGGAAGCAAAGGGGAGCAAAAGGAGCAAGAAGAGCAGGAAGAGGAGGAGGAACACCUCAUGCUGCUCAGCUCAAGAGGGGAAGUUUGGCUCCAAGGGAAAGGACCAGCCAUUGGGGUCUUACCUAAAGGAGUAAAGACCGGACAAAAAGGAAGAGAGAUUGGGAAGGAAACCGAAAAAAGAGUGAAUGAAAAAGACAGUGAAGGUGUUAACGUUAAAGAAGAAAUCAGAAAAAGUGGAAAAGAAGAGGAAGAAGGGGGACGGACAGGAAGAAGCGGGGAAGGAGAGGGGGAAGAUGACCUUGUCACACGUCGCCUGGAUUACCUACUGGGGCGCCAGGUCAUCGGCGUAGCGGCGGGCAGGGGUUUCUCGCUCGCCCUUGUAGACCCCUUGGACCCGCCGGACCCCUCCGAAGGGACCCCGCUCGCGGACCACCCCCAGACGCUGGCGGGCGGGGCGUCGCCGUGCAGGCUGUGCAGCCCGGGCACGGCGAUGCCGGAGGGCUCAGACAACGAUGGGGACGGCGAGGGCGGCGCGAGGGAUAGGUGUCCCCUGGGGCUCUCCUUGUCGCCCAGAAAAGAGAAGGAGGCCGGAAGUGACGCGAGGAACGACGCCGCAGGCCCCACGCUGAGCCACGCGAGCGACCCCAACAGAAGGAAGAAUUACAGUGAAGGGAGCGAGUUUGAGAUCGUGGAGUGCGAUGACAUAGACGGGGAUGAAGCAGCAGGAAGAGAAUUGAACAAAGAAGUUAAAACAAAACAAGAAAAGGAGGGAGAUGGAAGCGGAAGAACAGCGAAAGAGGAAAAAGGGGGAGGUGGGGGAACAGCGACGGCUGCUGCCAACAGCCUCUUCAUCAACGCUGACGCGGCGCGACAGUUCAUCUCAAGACAGUUAUCGUGGAUGACGUCCGCGCAGGAAACCAGGGACAACGAAGGUGAACAAGACGAGAAGAAGGAAGACGAAAGAGUACCUACAAAGGAGGAGGAAGGCAGAGAGGAAGAGGAGCUGGUGGCCUCGGUCGCUGCCCCGACAACUCCGAGGAAGUAUGCUGACGCGGCCACGGAGCUCAUUCGCGAGAAUGUGGCGAGCGCGGCGACGCUGGUGGUGUCGGGUGUGCGCACAGUGGGUCAUAAAGUGGGCCACAGGGUGGGCCGCCUGUCACGCCAUUUCUCGGGCACCAGUGCGGAGGGCGUGGUCGAGGGGCAAGAAGAAAACGACGAUGACCCGCCGGAAGAACUGGCGCCGUCCGAAGAGGCGCUGGCGCUCACCACGCUGGCUCCGGCGGCGGAGGCGUUGGAUCAAGAGGGCCAGGCGGCGGAGGAGGCCGUGGCGAGCCCGCCCCGUGACGCCAGCCCUGCAGCCGGAGCAGCGUCCAGCGGCACACAGAGCCUUCCUCGGAGGCUGCGGGACCGGGGGAUGGAGAGGGCGCGCGGCGCUCACGUGCGCACCGCCUCCGCGGGGGGCGCCUUCCCUUUCCUGAGGGGGCGUACCGCGGGGAGGGCGCGCACGCCCACGCCCGAAGAGGUCGUGGCAGAGGGUAAGCGCGCCCUUGGCACGGAGGUAUGGGCAUGGGGCAGCUCACACAAAGGGCAGCUGGGUACUGGCGACCUGCGUGCCCUGCGACCCACGCCAACAUGCCUCUACACCCUGAACCAUUUAGGCGUGGCACAAGUGGUGUGCGGUGACGCCCACUCCGCCGCCAGGACACUUGACGGUCAGGUCUACGUUUGGGGCGACACUUCCUCCGACCAGCUAGGCCCUCCUCCUCCGCCUCCUCUCCCUCUUUCUUUUCCUUCUCCUUCACUUCUUCGUCGAUCUUCUCCAUAUCCUUCCCCUUCUUCCAACCGUCGCUCUUCUCCAGUUUCUUCAUCUUCUUCCAAUUCUUCUGCUACUUCCUCUUUUUGCUCUAUAUCUCCUCAUUCGCAAGGGAUUAAAUAUCCCCAACGUCUGCGAUUACCCUCCGAAGAGGACGAAGAGGAAGAAGAGGAAGUUGAAGAAGAUAACAAAGUGGAAGCGGAAGAAGAAGACAAAGAGGAAAAGGAAGGUGAGAAAACUGGAGAAGAGAGGCGAAAAGACGAAAGAGAAAUAGCGAAGAAAUGUAUUAAACAAGACGAAGGGAGAAAACAAGAAAGAAAAAGAAGAAAAAGAGAAAUGCGGAGAGGGGAAGAGCUCGCGGUGGACAUCGCAGCCGGGAGGGACUUCCUGCUCAUCGCCACGAUCACCGGAAGGCUCCUUUACGUCGGCGCACUCAGGAAGGACGGACCUUCUGUCAUCCGCCAGAUCCCUGUCGGCUGCUCAACGACGAAGAUAACGUCCGUUCUGGCGCAUGGAGACAGCGUCGUGUGUGGCGCCAGCGAUGCACAUCCGCAGGUGCUCGAGUUCCUGGUGUCCGAGUCCCGCUAUCUUGCGCUCAUCAAGUUCUGCCACUUGAACCUCCUCAAGGCUUUUGUGCCACUCUCGCCUGCAGGCGAAACGAAACACGUCCAGGAUGCGAGGAGGGUGCUCUCCCUUGCCUUUGAAGACCUUGUCUUUUCUGUGGCAGCAUCCCUCAGAGUGUCCUUGUCGGCAUUGUCCACGGCCUCCUCAUCUGCAUCCUCUGUGCGUCCCCAUUUAUUGGGCAUUGUUACACAGGUGGAAGCAGUGAGGGCUGUCUAUCGACGCUAUGUGAGUGCAGUGUGCGACGCCCUCGCCCUCGGCUGCCUGCCCCUUGGAGGAGGAGGUGGAAGUGGAGGAAAAGGAGUUGGGGGAGGGGGGGCGGGAGCAAGUAGUGCUGCCCAGGGCGCCGCAAUUGCCCUGCUGGAGGCAUGCCGCAGCGGAACAGUGUCGCUUGAAGAAGCAGUGUGGAGGCGAUGGGAGGAAAGGGCAGCCUGCCCUGUUGCUGGACCUGCUUCCUCCUCUGCGUCGUCUUACUUCUCUUCCGGCGUACCCUCUGUCUCAUCAUCAUCCUUGUCGUCAGUUUGGAAUUCUUCUUCCCUCUCAUCUUCCACUAUAUCUGCUUCCAGUUCCUCCAAUGCAUCCUUUUCACUUGGCUCAGAAGUGACAAGAUACAUUUUGGUGACAAGACCCCUAGAGCGGAUCCGCUAUUAUGAGACAUUUCUUAAGGAAGUCUUGAGGAAUGAUGAGGGAGGAAGAAGAGGAGGAGCGGGAGAACGAGACCACAUUAAUUUUGCUUAUUCGCACUGGAGACUCACGGCAAAUUAUGCACACAAGAUGCAGAUUGAAGCUGAGGUGACACGAACAUUCUGGGACUCAAACGCAGGUCUGGUGGCACGGUUGCCCAAGGAGCUGUUUUCACCAGUGCGCCGCCUCAUCCGAGACUCAAAGAUGCAUCCUAUCAGUCUGCACAAUGCUGGCCGGUUCUCCUCACACUCAUUCAUUCUAAUGUCGGGUGUCCUGUUGCACAUACAGUACUCGACUGUGGCACUCUAUCCACUUGAGACCAUGUGGGUGGAAACAGUGCCGGCAGCAUCCAGUGUACAGAACGGCAUCGUGCUGACCAUGCCAGAGGAAACACUAACGUUAACAUGCCCGUCCGGACCUGACAAGACACAAUGGCUGCGCGCCCUGCAGGAUGCUGUACGGGGGGCACUCCUGCCCCCCUCCCCCAUCCCCAGUGCUGAAAGCGGAGGUGAGGAAGGGGUCCCCCCUCUCCGCUCGCCCCCUCUCGUCAGGAACGCCACCUACACCUUCACGAAGACCGGACCCUUCAAGGAUGCCACAUACAGAGUGGCUCUUGAUGAGACCACAGACAUCAGAGACACUGCCCAGCUCGCAAUAUAUGUUCGUGGUGUUAAUGACAAUUUCGAAGUGAUGGAGGAGUUGCUCACAGUAAUUCCAAUGCAUGGCCAGACCACCUCUAAGGAAAUAUUUCACCAACUGUGUGAUGCUAUUGAGAAUGCCGAUGAGGGUGUAGAGGAGGCCAUAGCACUGCACUACAUUAUACAUCAGCAGGCCCUUUGCAGCAAAUGCCUUAAGGUUGACAAUGUGAUGACUGUCGUUGUGAAAUGCAUCAACCAAAUCAGAUCCAGGGGCUUAAAGCACAGAAGGUUCCGUGCUUUUUUUUUAGAGGAAAUAGAGUCAGAAUAUGGGGAUGUGCUCUGCUUCACUGAUCUCUAUCAGACAAACCUUUGCUAUUUCCCAGCAUGCAAGGCACUCGUGGAUGCAGGCACACCAUUCAGUGGUAAGAAGUAUGUUGAAGCCAUUUUGGAGCUACAGAGAGGAUUUGAUCACAGAUUUACUGAGGAGCAUCUUCAAGCCCUACUCAGAGUCUCCACUGCUUCCUCUAUCAAGCCAAAUGUGGCUCGGCUAUGUGAAAAGAAGCGCUGCGAGGUCUCUAGCAGCAAGAAGUAG